CCCUCUAGAGGCGUUAUGACGCUUAAGACGGAACAGGAAGAUUCCAAAGUGAAAGUGUUUGAGCGUCACGUCGGACACGAGAUGCCACCGUGGAACGAGAUGACGGAAGAGAGAUGACAGUAGAAAGAUGACGGGAGAGAGAUGACGGGACCUCCAGGGUUCUAUAAAACGGAGUCCUGCGGUCCCAAACUUCAUUCCAACACAAACAUGGGAGUGUUUCUGUCUCACAUCUGGUCCCGCUUCACCGCCAAGAGAGCCGUCAGGAUCCUCAUGGUGGGUCUGGAUGCAGCAGGAAAAACCACCCUGCUGUACCGACUGAAGCUCGCCGAGGUCGUAACCACCAUCCCAACUAUCGGUUUUAACGUGGAAACUGUCGAGUACAAGAACAUCAGCUUUACAGUUUGGGAUGUAGGAGGUCAAACCAUCAUUAGACCUCUGUGGAGACAUUACUACAUCAACACCCAGGGUCUGAUUUUUGUGGUCGACAGCAACGAUCGCGAGAGGAUUAAAGAAGCCGCUGAGGAGCUGCACAUGAUGUUGGAGGCCGAUGAGCUGAGGGGCGUGGCCUUACUGGUGUUAGCCAAUAAGCAGGACCUGCCCCGAGCCAUGUCCAUCAGUGACAUCACUGAUGGUUUGAGCCUAUCAAGAGUCUCACAGCCGUGGUUGGUGCAGGCGUCCUGCGCUGUCAGCGGCGCCGGUCUGGCCGAGGGUUUGGACUGGCUCUCAGACCAGAUCCUCAAAGAGUAGAACCUGGAUCUAAAGUCGUGACUUCCAGCUGAUCCGGUAAAUCCAGAACAAACUGAUGAUCCAUCGUGGGACUGCUGCCUUCACUGUAUACAAAAAAAAAAAAAACAACACUGUAGAUCUCAGCUUCUGUGGUUUGGAAGCAGCAAAAGAAAAGAAAAAACA